AUGGGGCUCUGCCAGGUGCAUGAGCUACCUGUAAGCUGGUACCGAUCCCCGGGGACCAGCCCUGUUAACAAAUACAAGGCUGACUUCCGCCUGGCUCUUAUUCAGCUUCAUGUAUCUGCUGUUAAAUCAGAUAACCUUCAACGAGCCUGUGGACUGGUGAGGGAAGCAUCAGCUAAAGGAGCGAAAGUUGUGGCUCUACCUGAAUGCUUUAAUUCUCCCUAUGGAACCCAAUACUUUAAGGAGUAUGCAGAGAACAUCCCUGGGGAAUCAACACAAAAGCUCUCGGAAGUUGCAAAGGAGUGCAGCAUAUAUCUCGUUGGAGGAUCCAUUCCAGAAGAGGAUGGUGGAAAGCUGUACAAUACCUGUACUGUCUUUGGGCCUGAUGGUGCUAUGGUGGCGAAGCAUAGGAAGGUUCAUUUGUUUGACAUUAAUAUUCCUGGGAAGAUACAGUUCAAAGAGUCUGAAACACUGAGUCCAGGGAAUAGUUUCUCCAUGUUUGAUACUCCAUACUGUAAAGUGGGCCUGGGCAUCUGCUAUGAUUUGAGAUUUGCUGAGAUGGCUCAAAUCUACGGACAGAAAGGUUGCCAGCUGCUGAUAUAUCCAGGGGCAUUUAACCUGACAACAGGGCCAGCUCAUUGGGAACUGCUACAAAGGGGACGAGCUGUUGAUAACCAAGUCUACGUAGCUACCGUAUCUCCUGCUAGAGAUGAAAAAGCAUCCUAUGUUGCCUGGGGACACAGCACUGUAGUAAAUCCAUGGGGUGAAGUCAUAGCCAAAGCCGGGGCUGAGGAAACAGUUAUAUACACAGACAUAGAUCUGAAGAAACUCGCAGAAAUACGUCAACAAAUUCCUAUUUUAAGCCAGAAGCGUUGUGAUCUCUAUGGCAUAGAGAUGAAAAAGUGAAGCUGGGUGAACAGGGAAGGUUCAGUUGCCACCAUGGCUGCUGCUUUCAUCUUCAGAAGGACUCCCUUACUAGUUGCUCCACAAUCUACUACUCAAUGUGCCAGUUAACUGGAAAAAAAAAAAAACCCAAAAGCAAAAAACAAACCACCACCAAACUGACUUGGUGGCAUUAUCCUAAAAUUGAUUCAAAUAAAACUUUUACACCUGGUCUUGUACUUUAGUAUUCUAUAGUAUUUUACAGCUAGGAUAAAGAUGGAGGUGAAAUCAGUUCAACAGAGCAGUAAUGUUGCUUUUUAUGCAUCACAGUAUUUUAGUUACCUUUGGGGGGCUUUUUUUGUAGAAGAUAGAAAGAAAUGGGGACCUUGUUCUCUCUGGAAAUCCUCUGAAGUCAGCUUUGCUAUUAUGAUUUUUCACUAAAUUAUCAGAUAACCUAGAAGCAUGAUUCUUCCACCUCUACCCUUCUUAGUUGUAUGUGCCUUAACAAAGUUCUUUAAUGCCCAGCUUCUAACUUGGAAAGCUUAAAAUUUAACACGCUGACCGAAACAGGCCAAGUUCUGCUCUGUACUACUUCGGGACGAAGCAAGAAGCAGCCAGACAAAACUACUACUAUAAAAGAAUCUACAGUGGGUUUUGGUUCACGUGUCUUGCCUGGAAUGUCUGUAUUAAAUCCUCCUUAUUGCUAUUUCUGUUUAUUGCUGAAGCGAUGCAGGUUACUGUUUUGUUAAAGCAAAGACAUGUGAAUACAUGUCACCACACCUUUGCUCUAUAUACUGCUUAUUACUUACUUAUUAUUUAGUCUAUAUACUGCUCUAUUUACUGCUUUCUUUAACAUAAUGCUUGAAUGGGCUUUAAUUCUGCUGCCUGGCAGCCUUCACCUGAGCAGGCUCAGGGGAGUCAGGCAAAAGGGCUAGAAAACUUGCACUGGUUGAGCCUUUCUGCCUGCAGCCUUCCAGAAGUCGGGUACUAGGACUGCUCCGUGUUUAAACUUAUUAUGGCUGCCAAAGGCCAACUCCCAUCAGCUGCACGGGAGAUGCUCCUUCCUUCAUUGCUCUCACUGAAGAGCCUAACAAACUGGUUACUAAAAGAUGGCAUUAAAAUACUUAAAACCAGCCUAGCAUUUUGUAGUUUUGUUGGGUUUGUUGUUUUUUUCUUGGAAGGAAGACACCUUGGUACUUCUGAUGUGAAAAAGGUAAGAAUUUGCAAAUGGCAUUUUUUUUUCUCCUUGGGAUGGAAAAAAAGCAGCAACUAUAACUAUCCAGCCUUUCCCACUAGGCAGUAAAAAUGAUAAAGCAAUAAGGCUAAAGGAGAUUUUAAAAUAUACAGCCAGGAGGGAGACAAGAUUUUGUCUUACCCUAGCUAACCACCGGUUUCCCCGCAAACCACCUUACCUUUUUAUUUGCAUGUGGCCAUCUCACAACUGCUCUCUUGACUUUUUUUUUUUUUAAAGGCUUCUCUGGAAUGAGCCAGCCAAUUUUAUGGAGGAAAAUUCAUGGUUAAAUUAGGCCAACCCGAGGCAUCUUUCUCCCCCCAAAAGACAGGUCACACCACUCUGCUCACUGGCAUUAUCUAUCCCAGCCAGCAUUUUUUGGUGUGUACUUUUCACUGCAUUUUGGUGUACAUACUGUACAGGAACUGUUAAGAAACAAGCCGCAGAGCAUAACGUGAAAUGAAGAUUUAUUUGUUGAAAAAUAAAUAUAAAAAAAAUUAACAAUUUACCAUUUGAGCCAAGUCUCCUGCAUUAGAUUAGCGCCUCCCACAUACUCAACAAUCGGCAUCCAUGAUGGCCACCACUGCGCUCCAGCUUCUAAAUCAUAGCAACUAUUACACAUCCAUUUUUCUAAACUACUCCGUCUGUCUUUCCCGCCCCUCUCUAUACUAGUUUAACAUGCAGCAGAGCAGGAACUAGAAACUACUGUUGGAGGAUAUAAAGUAGUGCAGGAUUCUCAUGGGCUGACCGCUUAGUUUAAAAAAUGUGAAGCGCAGCCUGUAACAGACAACAGAAUCCGUGGCCUGGACCCUCCUCCCCUGGAAUCCCAAAUGGAGAGAACGGGUGAGAAUCUGCAGCCGGCUGCUUUGGUGAGCUCGGCUGAAGACGAGACAUGAGCUCAGCCCUCUUCAGUCUGUCAGGACAACUUCUAAGCACCUUUGUGUUCAGUAGGGUGUUUUUAGGGGUCUCCAGUGCAAUCCACUCAGAAGUGAUACAAAUGGGACUGUGAAUUUUGGGGGGUUUCAAUGAACAAAAUACACAACCAGUUCUCAGCUAGAUCAUACUUAAAGCAAUCAAUACUCAGUCUCAGUGUUGGUAGAAAACAGGCACUUUAAGUAUCCAUGUGAGACAUAUGCACCAGUGUUCUCUAAGUGUAGGAAACCAGCCAGUAACAGCCCUGAAGUAGCUCCAGAAUUUCAGCCUACAAGAAUUUAAAUAAAAAGAAAUGGCAGAAACCAGAGUAAUGCCUGUUGAAUCGGGCAGUAUUAUUGCCACUGCAGCUGGGGAGCCUGGUUAAAGCUGCUUCUAAGCUGCUCUUAAUAGUUCCAGAAUAAGUUACAGUACAGCUCCUUAGUACCUGUUCCCUCCCUCUUCACUUUCAAUCUGCAAUUAGAUCCUAAUAAUUUAAGUCACAACUUCUAAUCUCCAUUUUGGCAAACUUGCCUCUUAACAUGAACAACAGGGAUUUUACAUGAUCAGGAUUAAAAUGCAAGACAACCAUGUGUAGAAGCAACUUCCCAGAGUCUCUAGGAUACACCAGGUUUAUCCAAGUCUUCAGUACUAGCUUCCUACAUCAUUUCAACGGACUUGUUUUUCUUAAAUAGGAGUAAGAUUUGGUUUACUUCAGCUCUUGAUCCCUGCUAAAGAAAGCUUUUCUCAAAGUUUACAUGCACACCUGGCUUAAAGCAAAACCUUAACUGUAUCAGCCAUUAAAAAAUAAAA